UUGUCUUGCGUUCCGAGACUUUCUUAUAAGGUGGCGCCCUUUUAGCAGAGAAGCGCCACGCAGAGCUUCAUAUGUUCCGCAGUAGGAGCAAAAAUGAAAAAGAUGGCUUGUGAAGCAUUGGCUAAAGUUUUCAUAAGGCAGCGGGUAUUGCAUCCCUGGCCCGGUGCCAAAAGCAAACACCUUUUUUGAACCUUUUUGUACUUGCCUACUUUUUGUUACCCUUUUUAUCAUCCUUUUUAAGUGUAGGAACCACUGUAACUUCCACUAAAAUAAACUUAAAACUCAUAAGGUAGAGUGUAGGUGUAAAGUUCCGGUGAAAAUCCAGGCCCCAUUUGUCUCAGCCUUGCAGAUAACCCCUCAGAUCUGAUGGAUUCCGCCCAAUCGAUACCAAUAACCCAUGCUCGGCUCGUAUAGCUCGUCAAAACGUGACCGGCCAUCAUGCGUCAACGUCAUAGUAUGCCAUCUUCCACAGGGGCGAUCUUCACAGCUACGAGACCCUCUAAGCGUACAUACAAAGUUACACUUACUAGUUCACUUCUGGCAACCUUUCAAGCCAUAGACGGUCUCAUAACUCAAUCGAAUUAUAUACGGAGCCAUUGGGCACAAAUAUCGAAGAUGGACGGAGCGGCGGCAAUCUUAAGCAUCGGCGCAAUAGCGCUCCAUGCGGUUCACGUUUUACACAAAGACAUAUCGGCCAUAAAAGAAGCUCCAGAUGAGAUCAAAGCAAUCACAGACAGGCUACAAAGUCUUGAAAUGCUGUUGGGGUCUCUCGAAUCCAGUACACCAGCAUCUUUGCUCCAGAAGCUUACCCCAAAUACACAGUCUCAGCUUAAGAAAUGCUUCACUAGCUGUAAAGAGGAGUGUGUCACAUUUCAUCAGAAGCUUGAUAGUCUGACGAAGCGAUCUGAUGAUGGCUCGCUCCAUUGGGUCGACCGGGUCUCAAUCGGUAUCAUGAAGCAAAAAAGUCUGCAAUACUUAUUGCAACGAUUGACCGCCUGCGAAACUACGAUUACCGCAUCUACAGGCGUGGCAAGUCUGUCGGUAGCGCUGCGCUCCGAAGAAGUCCAAGAGCCGCUUCAAAGAUUGGAAACGAACCUUGCUCAGCUUGUCAUGAGUCUCGACAAACAAAGUGUCACGCUUCGAGAGAUGGUGCACCGAAGUGCCGAAGUUCCAGUUACAAAAGAUGGAACUGCAGCCAAGGAAACCCUAGACGGCACCGAGGUCGAGCACACAGCGGAUCAUCUUCACUCAUAUAAGGAGGUGGUUGAGCAGAUUUAUAGAGAAGUUCACAAAAUACGAACUGGCGAACCAAUUACCAAUGUCGAGGCUAACGGUAGCCUGGUGGGAUCUCUCAGACAGAAUGGGUUUAUUGUUGGCAGAGCAGUCGGAAUUGAUGUCAAAGACCUCUUCAGCACAUCCAGGUAUCCUGCUGGAAUUUCUGAUCUAUUCCAGAUUUUGGCAUAUGCGAAGUAUCCGAUUAUACGCCAUACUUUGAAAAAGCCACGAUUUAUAUUGUUGCUGUUUCAGACAAUGAAUUGCCAACGUUUAUGUUCGGAACGUUCUCUUUCUCGAAUUUAUUGUAGCUCUCUGGUAAUAUCCUAUCAAGAUUUAAUCGGGCUGGCAUAGAUCAAGCAUUCACACGUGCAUUGAGUAGGGAUUGCAGCCAUACGGGCAAAGAUCUCUGGUAUCGAGAUACCAAAAGAUACAAGUUUUUGUAUUGUCCC